AUGAUGAAAGCUGCUGUAGUAACGGGUUUUACAGAACAUUUGGAAAUCAAACAAGUACCAAUUUCUAAAGUAGGAUCAAUCGAUGUUCUAGUCAAAAAUAUUGCUUGUGGUGUAUGUCAUUCAGAUUUACAUUUGGUUGAAUCAAGUCAAAAUAUUCAAGAAAUAUUAAAAACAACUGCUCAUGAAUUAUCAUUAUCUAUAUGA